GUGGGCGGCCUUGCGGUCUCGCCACGCCGGCAUGGAAGGGAGCAGCGGCGGGGCCGAUCCGGGCCCAGCCACGGCCCCGGGCGGGGAGGGCGAGGGCUGCGAGGGGCUGUGGGAGCUGCCGGUGGAGCGCUGCGAGAGGCGGCCCGUGUGCGGGCGCUGCAGCCGUCCUCAGAAGGUGUGUUUGUGUCCUUUCCUGCCUGUACAUCCAUUAAAGGUCUCCACCUGCUUGUAUAUAAUUCAGCAUCCAGCAGAGGAAAGUCGAGUGUUAAGAACAGUACCUUUGCUAGCGGCUUGUCUCCCUCCAGAUAAAUGUAAAAUUUUGGUUGGUCGACGUUUUAAUGAAGGCAGGUAUCCUGAAUUAGCAACUGUGUGCAGAAAUCCCAAUACUCUAAUUUUGUAUCCUGGAGCUGAAGCAACCAAUUUGGAAGAAGUUGCAGUGAUGUCUUCUAGUCCAUCUGUUAUGAUCAUCAUCGAUGGAACAUGGAGUCAGGCUAAAGAUAUAUUUUACAAAAAUUCUCUCUUCCGCCUUCCCAAGCAGGUGCAGUUAAAACCCAAUAUUUCAAGUCAAUAUGUAAUUCGUACACAACCAACAAACACCUGUCUGUCUACUCUUGAAUGUGCAGCUGUUGCUCUUUCCAUAAUGGAAAAAAAUAAGAGUAUACAAGAGACUAUACUGCAUCCGCUUCAAGCUUUGUGCUCUUUCCAACUUCAGCAUGGUGCCCAGAUCCAUCACAGCAAGGAGCAUCUUCUCAAAAAUGGCUUAUAUGACAAGCCCAUGCCGAAGAAUAAGCGCAAACUCAGAAGAAUGGAGCUUCUGGUGAAUAAUGUUAAAAUAUAAGAAAACUGUACUGCUUGUACAGUGGGAUUUAUUUGCAGCUAGCAAAUGAAUAUGAAUCUGGAUUUGAUCCAACAGUUGACUAUACUGUAGUAAACAACUUUUAGGCCCUUCAUAGGCAAGAGUUUAUCUACCAAUGUGACAAACAGUAAUGGACAAGCUUUUUCAUUUUUGCAGUAAGCCAGGUGCCUUUGUUCAGAUGAUGGAGGAGCAUUCUCAUUUCCUGUAGAGAAGAGGAAGAAAACUGAACAUUAUUUAGGCUUAUGUUAUCACUUGAGUGUCAGAUAUGAUCCUCAGUGUGACUGGAUGAAUUUAUUUUGGAGAGACUUUUAUCAGUACAAAAAGACAAGAAAUAUGAAUAUGGGUGUGAUGGAAUGGUAAGGCUUCAGCAGCUAGAAUUAUGUUGAAUUUCUACUGAGCUUUUUAGCUUCAGUAUCUGAUUAGAGUGGGCUUUCAAAUGAUAACUCCUUAUAUUCUUUAGUUCAGAUGAACAUAAGGCAUGUUAUUUGUACAGUUCUUUCUAACUUGGAGAUUUUUAUUUCUUGUAUGAUUAGGACUCCUUUUUGUAAAUUUACAUAUAUUUUACAGUGCAGUCAGGUUUCAUUUCUCUCAGACUUAAUUUUUAAAUUAAAUAUGCAUAUGUUUUUAUGAGAAACUGAACAAUUCUGACUUACAAAAAGAAAAGUAGGAAGAGUGAUUUUUGGAAUUACAACUCAGGUGCUUUGCUUUUCCUUGAGCAAAAAACUAGUCUUCCACAGAUGAGGAAAUCUUGUAGAUGUAAAUACAUCAUACUCAUAUACAUCAUACUCUGACAUACAGUGAUGAUGUUGCUGGAGGAAUUGAACAAGCCCAGUGUAAAUUGCUCUGUAAGAAGUAUGAUGCAAUGACAAAUUAUUAUGUCUGGUCACAAGCAACUAACAUAAUUAUAGAUCUUCUAGAAUUAAUGUGUUUUUCACUUCUAGCAGCUUUUCCUCUUCUAACUGUACUUCUUUCUAAUGGGAAUUGCUAGAAGCAGAAGAAUUAGGAAUUUUUACGGGCUUUCUGAAAUAACAUUUUAUGAUCUGGAGGGAAAAGUAAAGUGAAGGUUCUGAUAAUCCUUUUUUCUACAUAAAUGCCUCCUGCAUUUAAGAGAUUAAAAUGCUUAAUGUUUGUCUUUAUUGUCAGUUCCACUGUAGGUAACAACAUGAAGCUAAUUGGGUACUAAUUAGUCUUAGAAAAAUAAUUUUGUCUUUAAUUUAUGAUCUGUAAGACAAGAAAUUACAGAAGUGAGGUGGGGGCGAGAUGAGGGGAUGUGUAGGCAACUAACCAAUAUUUUACUGAAAGCUUUUCUGCAAUUAAUAAGAGGGGUCAAAAUGAGGUCAGAGAUUAGCUGAGAAGUUUUAGUUAACCCUGAGCUAAUAGUGACCUUUUGUUAAGGCAUGGAUAAACAAUAUAAUUUGGCUAUGCUAGCAAAGCUUAUAUAACCUUUUUCUCUUCUCCCAGUCUAGAUAAAUCCGGUAUCUGUCACUAAAUUCAGCAAAGCUGAAUUGGUUUUGACAAAUCUGAAGCAAACCAGUCUCAUAUGAUUAAUGAUAGAGUAGAUGCACUUUUGUUCACAUUGGAACAGAGAAAGGGCAUGUUUAUUCCUGUAGCACACCAAUCUCCAGGCUAACUUGGAGUCUGAAGUUGCAAUCUUUUGCAAUUUGUGUGUGCAGCCUUGUGCGUGAUGCUGUGUCCAGUUCCAGGGUUGAUAUGGCUCCUGCUGGGCUGGUAAUCUUCCUUCCCUCUGCCCUGGGACAUGGUCAAUAAUUCCUUGAAGAAACAUGGGUAUCAAUUAAGCUUUAUUGUUAAUGUCAUAUUUACAUAUAUGUUUGAUGUUCACGUUUAAUGUUGCAUAUGUUAAUUUAAUUUACUUUAUUUUUAAUUCAUCUCGAGCAACAGUGUAUCUUUUGACCCACAUUGUGAAAUUUAUUUUCCUAAGCAGAAGAUUAAGUGUGUCUUUACAUAAUAUGUGAGUUUAUAUUAUAGAGAACAGAAAGAAAUUUGUAUUAUAGCCUGGGAUUCAUAGCCAUCUGCAAAAUGCCUUAGAAUUACAGGAUCAGAGAAAUAGUUGCCUUAAUUGAGUUAUAAUCCUACAUUAAAUAUUCCUGUGCGUGCAGUCUGUGCAGAGUUUUCAUGUUUUUCAGCAAAGGACAAAUUCUGCACAGUUUACAAUAAGCACUUUUUAGCUUGUUUAUUCCUCUUGUUCUUUUAAUUUUGCUCCUGUGGAUAACAGGAUUUUGUGGGAUCUCAUGCUGGAUGCAUGGAAGCCUUUAAUUGCUAAUUUCCUCUGCUGUACAAUACUAGAUCAAUCAAUAUGCAACAGUUACUGAAGAAAUUAAAAACAAUGCAUUGCAAACCUCCAGGCAUUUUAUUUUUUUGAGGUUUUUGUAUGUCCCAGCUAAGCUAUAAUGUAGUGAACAUUUAGGUGAAGCACAGCAGUCAAAUGAAAUCUGUUUCAGAUUUGUUUGAAGCUAUUAAGCACAAAACAAAAUAUUUUUUAGGUGGAACUUGCAUGAUUUAAAAGAUAUGCAAAGUGUAAGAGGAAGAAUUUAGAAAGUCUGUUUUCAGGCUUUCAGAUUCAGAGUUUUGCGAUAAAUACAUUACCUCAAAGAAAUGAAUACUCUGAAGUCCAAACUCUCUUGACAGAAGCUGUGUGUGAUGAAGAAGCACUCUUUGUAAGCAAUUUCAUUGGAAUGAAUUUAAUUUGCAAUUUUACUUUGCUGUAAUGGUAAAUCUGUUUCAUUUUUCCUUUACCAAAAGAUUAAUGAGUGAAACCUACCAGUCUAACAAGAUAUUGAUUAAAAAGGAAGGAAUGUGUUUGCUUCUCAUGUUUGGUCCUUUGUCCUUGUCCAUUUUGUACUUCCAAAUACUGCUGCCAAAAUGAAAUCUGCCUUCUAUGUGUCCCCAUGUCAUGUGUUGGGACACUGGUGGCAUGGAUAGCAAGUUUUUGAACAGAUGCAAAUAUUUUUCAAAGGUGAGCAUUGUUAAUUCACUAUAUUUUCAUAGUCUGUAGAACUAAGUCUAUGAAAAAAGACAAAGAUGGAAAUGUUUUGAAAUAAGAACACAAACUACACCUCACUUUUUGCUUAGAAAGCUUUCAUAUUAAAGAGAUGCUCAGGACAUAAAAGUAUUUUUCUUCAAGAUUCUACUUUUGUUGCCUCAUAACCCCAUGCUACCAAUAAAUCACUCUUCUAUUAGUUUUUCUUGAGAUGAAAAGGAAACUUUUCAACUGACUUCAAAAGAGGCAAAAAUUAUUUUAAGACCAAGGGCUUUAUUCUCAACUGCUACAUUAGAUAAAAAAUUUGCUUAUGUUGCAUUAUUUUCUACAACUUCUUUGCUUGUUUUGAAAUUUAAUUAAAAACUGGACUUUUAAAAAGGGAUAGUGGUUCAUGUUUUUCUCUUUAUGUUUGUAUGUUUUAUGUCUAUAUACAUAAUGCAUAUAAAUUAUAUAUUUGUUUCUGCCUCAAAGCAAUAAAAUACUAAUUUACUUGGUGCGUGCCACUG